AUGAGCGCCGCUGCAGUGUGUCGAGGCUCCUGGCCCAGCCUUGGGCUGCUGCUUCUGGGCCUGUUGUUUCUUCCAGCCGUGAUUGCCUUCACCAGUGCUAGCCCUGAAGAAGGCGAUGCGGAUGCAGAUCUUCACUGUGUGUGUGUGAAGACCAUCUCCUCUGGGAUUCAUCCUAAGCAUAUCACCACAUUGGAAGUGAUCAAGGCAGGACGCCAUUGUGCGGUUCCCCAGCUCAUAGCCACUCUGAAGAAUGGGAGGAAAAUUUGCCUGGACCGGCAAGCACCCUUAUAUAAGAAAGUGAUCAAGAAACUCUUGCAGAGCUAG